AUGCCUGUCAUGGAUGCCUGGACCCGGCGGGAACAAACAGACGAACAACGUAUAGAGCAAGUCAUCCAAGAUGUCCCGACGGAACCAGAACAAAUCGACCAAAUUGCCGACAUCAGAGGCAGCUUUGACGCCCAUGGCAUCGGCAAUAGCAUCAUCAACGCAUACAUGAACGGCGACAUUACCGUCGAUGAGGCGGUUACAAAGCUGGCAGAGCCCAUAGAGCACUGCUUCACAACCGCGAAUCACGGCCGAGCAUUCUACGAAGAGGAAAUGGUGGCAAGAAAUCAGCGCCAAUGUCAUGAGCCGGCAAAGGCGGCGGAAUUGUGGGGUGUCGAGCAGGACUUUCCCGAGCCCACUGAAGAAGUUCGUCAGAAGGACACGGUGGAGGGACUUCUAUGGGGGCUGUGGUUCGCCGUUUGUCACGUCUCGCGGAAGACGCCCUGGGACGAUGAAGAGAAUCAAUCAAAACUCGUCCAUCUUGUCCGUACGAUCAAAGCGAGACCAGACCCCCCAAUGCCAGAGAACGCAACCAUUGCUCUGAAACGCAAUUGGAUAUGGAGUUCCGGUAAGCUCUGGAGCGACUUGAGCAUGCUGGGUCCUGCAGCACGAGAGACUUGGAACGACUCUCCCGGCGUUGGCUGGGGAAUGACCACUCCAGAGAUCCACGGCUGGACCAACACGAACGCUUUCUUCGCUCGGAUCAUCCGCGCAGGUCUCGUACACUACUGGAACCUCGGCAUCUGGGCUCUCCGAGACGUCCUGGAACAAGAACCCAGGGGCGAUGCUAAGGGUUCGCAAGCCCGACAUAUCGAUGCCGGCCUCCCUGCCGCUAUGGUCUGGAUACGAAUCCUGGGCGAAGAAGCGUAUCGGUAUGCAAGUCAGAAUCAGCGGGAUCAGGACGUACGGUACGAUGUGAACGAGCCGGGUCCUAAGCUGGGCUGGGAGGGCAUGGAGGUGUGGACGAUGGCGAGGUGGGUGUUUUGGAAGGAGAAGUUUCGGGUUAUGGCGGCGAGGGAGAAGCUGAGCGAUGAGUCGAGGGAGAUGGCUAAGGGAGCGGCGGAAUACAUGGAGGAGAUUGAGAGUAGAGCUAAUGAGUGA